AUGGAACGGACCCAAGGCGAUGGCAUCGACAAUUCCACGUUCGACAAAGACCCCUCCACGGCCAUGGAAUCGCUGAUAAACUCCGAGAUGGCCGUCAAACGCAGCAUGAAGAUCCUGCAAUCGCUGCGGCCCGUCCAGCCCAACAGCCGCGUCUACUACUUGACCCCGAAGCACGCUUACAAACCUCGACCGGCCCCCAAUUACUUCGUCCAGAAGCAGAAAGAGCCGAAAUUCGUGCCGUGCGAGCCCUACAAGGCGGCCGUCGAGCCGAUGACGGGCCGCUCGAAGCCCAGGAGCCCCAAAAAGGCCGCCAAAAACGACAUGGAUCUAUCGAACUUGGUCUCCCAGCUGUCCGAUGUGAGGAAAACAGAAUUAGCCGGAUCGAAUCAAGUUUGUAGCCCCGAAGACUCAUUCAAUUCCAAGUUAAUAUCGCAGUGGCGAAAGGAAAAGGAGCAGUACGAGAGCGACGUGGAGAACCUGCGAUCGUCCAACAAUCUCUUAGAAAACCAAUUGAAAUUUCAAGCUCAGGUAAACGGCGAGUUAAAAACCCUACUCGUAGCCGCCGUAGGUGAAGAUUUGGAGAAUCGAGUGCAACAUUUGACCGAAGAUAAACUAUCGUUGGCCAGGGAAUUACUAAAAUCGGCUAAUCACAUAACCUCCCACCAGGAGCAGACCGAGUGGUUGUCGGGGCAAUGCGAAGUGUGGAGAAGCAAAUUCCUGGCUUCGAGUGUAAUGGUGGAAGAGCUGGCGAAAUGGAAAGCGGCGUUGGCGAACCGAAUAACCGAGCUGCAAGAGACUACGAGAACUCUCCUGGACGAACGGAGGAGGAUACACAACCAGCAAAUGGAGAUGUACGAGAAUUUGAAAGCGAUCAACGAGAAAAUGGACGAAAAUUAUCGAACUGCACCGCUUAAAUACGGCAACGUGCUGGAAGCGACGAGCGCAAACGUCGAAUUAACCAGAAAUUUAAAAACCUACCUGAACAUCGACUGUUGCACCGACAAGGAAGAGGCCACGGCGAGUAGACACAUGACGUUAGCGGAAAAAAACGGUUACAAGCUGGUAAACAAUCCCGUUACGAUUUCGAACAAACCGGACGCCAUUUGCAAGGCCGUUUUAGGAGCAGCAUCGAACGUGGGCAGCCAACAAAUGUUUCUGCAAUAUCCUUCGUUGCAUCCGUGUUGCGCUCGUUGCACCGGCACCGUGCAGAAUAUUUGA